AGAUAGCAACUCAAAUAAUCCAUGGCUAGCAAAGAAAGAAUAUUUCCCGUCCUUCUAAGCUUUUCAUUGUUUAUACUCUUUCUGAGGCCGUCUUAUUCGAAGACGAUCAAUAAAUUACAACAAGGCCAACAGCUCAAAGAUGGGGAUGAACUGGUUUCAGCUUCUGGGAAAUUCAGGUUGGGAUUCUUUAGCCCUCUCAUGUCAACAAAUCGUUACAUAGGAAUAUGGCACUUUUCGCCAACAGGGAAGGAUGAUUUUUACUACCACAAAGCUGAUGGUUACUACCAAAAUAGCAAACCUGUUUGGGUUGCCAACCGGAGCACCCCAAUUUCGGAUAAAUCUGGGAAACUUGUAGUAGAUAGUACUGAUGGCAAUUUGAAAUUUUCAAGCAAUAGCCGAAAUCCUAUUGCAAUAAGUACGGUUCAAGGAGUGAAUAAUACAAGUGCUAUUCUACUGGAAUCUGGCAAUUUGAUCCUCCAUGAAAGGAAUUCAGAUGGGUCUAUAAGGCGAGUCCUCUGGCAAAGCUUUGAUUAUCCGACUGAUACACUUCUUCCAGGGAUGAAACUAGGGUUCAACUUACAAACAAGGAAUGAAUGGUUUCUCCAAUCAUGGACCGAUAUUGACUCUCCUGCUCCCGGGCCAUUUACUCUUCGAAUGGACCCGAAUGUCACAAACCGUUUGAUCAGCUGCAGGCGAAGCGAAGAAGUUUACUGGACUAGUGAGCCCUGGCUAAAUAAUCACUUCAACUUCUCACGUUCAUGGGCACUUAACAAUUACUACAACUUCAGCUACACUUCAAAUGAACAAGAAAACUUCUUCAUUCAUUCAGCAAGUGGAGAUGCAUUGCAAAUCUUGAGAAUCAACGCAGAUGGUGGACUUACAAACGGCGGAGGGUUGUUUGUUUCUUGUACUAAAUAUGGAGGAUGUUGGAAAGAGAAGCAGCAGGAAGAGAUUUGUUGGACCGGGAAUCGUUCUAUUGAGAAUUGGCAUUUCAGACGGGGCUACAUGUUGGGAGAUGGAUUCAAUUUCAGUAAAAACAUGAACUUUUUAGAUUGUCAAGACAAAUGCAUCAAGAAUUGUUCUUGUGCGGCCUUUGCUCCGGCCGCACGUAACUUCACUGGCUGUCAGAUUUGGAGCAGAGGAACAAAGUUUAGACACUAUUUGUCACACAAUUCACGGUUCAUAUCCAUGCUUGACUUUCACGAUCAUGAAGGAACAGCGAAGAAGAUGAAGAAGCCACCAUGGUUGAUUAUUGAAAUAUUAGGAUCUCUAGCCGCUUUGCUGCUAAUCAUUUUGGGUGCUUUGAGCUAUAAAGUGCGGAGAAAGGACAAGGGAAUAGAAGAGAGGCGGAGGAUGUCUUUCAUUUUUGCUUUAGGAGUAGCCUUAGUGCUACCUUUCCUGUGCUACUUGUGCUAUUUGAUGGCCAAAAAACUCAAGACAAAAGUGCAAAGCGUAAAUAACAGAAAGAAACUGUUACAAGAGCUUGCAAGUACUCUAUCACAUGCCCCAAAUUUUGGCAGACGAAAACGAAAAAGGAAGAAGGGCAUAGGCCAUGACUUGAAGAUAUUUGAUUUUCAGACCAUUGAAGUUGCUACAAACAAUUUCUCAACUGAAAAUAAGGUCGGAGAGGGUGGUUUUGGCCCGGUUUAUAAGGGAAAAUUAGUGGAUGGUCAAGAAAUAGCAGUAAAGAGACUCUCAAGAGUAUCAGCACAAGGAAUAAAAGAGUUCAAGAAUGAAGUUAAACUCAUUGCAAAGCUCCAGCACACUAAUCUUGUGAAGCUUUUAGGAUGUUCUCUUUAUGAAGAAGAAAGAAUUUUAGUUUAUGAGCACAUGUCUAACAAAAGCUUGGACUUCUUUAUUUUUGAUUCUGAUAGAACAAAGCUAUUAAAUUGGAAGAAACGUUUCAGCAUAAUCGAAGGGAUCGCUCAAGGACUUCUUUAUCUUCAUAAAUAUUCGAGAUUACAAGUAAUUCAUAGAGACUUAAAAGCCAAUAACAUUUUACUUGAUAACGAAAUGAAUCCAAAAAUAUCUGAUUUUGGGAUGGCUAGAAUUUUCAAGGUGAAUGAACCAGAAUCAAACACAAACAAAAUUGUGGGAACACACGGCUAUAUGUCUUCGGAGUAUGUCAUGUAUGGUACUGUCUCAACAAAAAAUGAUGUAUACAGCUUCGGAGUAUUACUUCUGGAAAUUGUUUGCAGUAAGAAGAACAAUGGUAUAUAUCAUCCGGAGCGCCCACUCAACCUUGUAGGAUAUGCCUGGCAGCUGUGGAAUGAUGGUAAAGCUUUAGAGCUAAUCGACUCGGAAAUACUUGAUGGACCGAGCUCUCCUGGUGAAGUCUUGAGAUGCAUUCAUGUGGGUCUUUUGUGUGCGCAAGACCAAGCAGCAGAUAGACCCAAAAUGAGCAAAGUUGUUUCCAUGCUUACACCUGCAGCCAGGCCCUUUCCAGCCCCAAAACAACCAGCAUUUUUUAUCAAUGUUAGGUCUGCUGAGCCUGAAGCUUCUCAAAAUAAGUCAAAAACUUGUUCCGUAAAUGAGGUCACAAUUUCAAUCAUGGAACCAAGAUAAUUAAAUAUAGUUGUUUUAUAAUGAACAAGCACAUCCUUGUAUAAAUACAAUAAGAGACAUGUAUGCAUAUAGGUAAUGAUUUGUGGGUGUUUUGUCAGAAUUUGUA